AUGAUGAAUUUGUCAAACGACGAUUCACAUUUAUCUCAUGAUAACACAAAUGCAACUAAUACUCAAUCAAAUACUCCAGUUCCAUUAAACAAUUUACAUCAUCAUAUAAAAAAUGAAACAAAUAAUGGGAAUGUUACUGGUAAUAAUACUUCAAAUUCAACUCCAAGAGUAAAUGAUUCAUCAUUACAUUCUCAAUAUUCUCAACCUCAAUCUCAACAAUCUCAACAACAUCAUCCACUUUUACAACAACAUCCUUUAACUCAUCCAUCAAAUUCAACUCAUCAUCCUUAUAAUUAUGAUGGUUCAACUAAUGGAUUAGCUAAUAAUAAUUCUGUUAAUGGUUCUCAUUUACAACCUUUACAACAAAAUCAUUUACAAGGAAUUCAUCAAAUUACUGGUCAACAUCAACAACAACCUCAACAACAAUUAUAUUCUCAAUCUCAUACUCCUCAACCUUAUCAACAACAACAAUUUCAAGCUCAACAAGCUCAACAAGCUCAACAACAAUUGCAUCAACAAAUGCAUCAUCAAUUAUUAACUCCAAACCCUUAUCAACAACAUUAUCAACAAGCUCAGCAACAAGCUCAACAACAAGCUCAACAACAAGCUGCUGCUGCUCAACAAAUGUUACCUCAUUUACAUACUUCAAGUUCUGGUAGUCAUGAUAGUACUCAUGAUCAUUUAAAUAUGCAAUUUAAUCCAAUGGCUUAUCAACAACAAUCUCAGCAACAACAAUUGCAUCAUUUAGGUCAUCAAAUGCCUAAUCAACAAGCUGGAGGUCAUCAACCUCAACAACCAGCUCCUUUACCUCCUCAUUUAAAUCAUCAUUUAAGUGGUGCUGGUACAACAGGUGUUGCUCAUCAUCAAACUCCUCAACCAACUCCUCAACCUUCAACAACUUCUGGUACAACAACCACUACCUCAACAACAAGACAACCAAGACAAACUAAAAAACAACAAAAGGCACAACAACAACAACAAGCAGCAGCAGCAGCAGCUGCAUUACAUGCAAAUAAUAAUUCAGUUGAUCCUUCAACAACUCAUGAUCAAAAUGCAAUUGAUGCUCAUUCUUUAGCUCAACAACAUCAUAUGGAAAUGUUAGCAAGAGCGAGUCAAAAUGAUUUAUUAGAAUCAGCUAAUAGAAAAGUUGCUCCAAGAUCAAGUGAUUUAUUUAAAGUUGGACCACCAUUUGGAAUGUUUAAACAACAUCAUAAUUUAUAUUGUAAAUCAAAUGAUUUACAAGUUUUUCCAAUAUUAAAUGCAAGAAUUGAUAGAGGUUUUGAAAUGGGAGAAACUGGUACAUGGAUUGGUUAUAAAAGAAAUUAUUUUACUUUAUGUGCUUCAUUUAACUUACAAGAUUUUGAUUUUAAUAGAUUUAUUAAUAAUCAAUAUUAUACUUAUGAUAAAUCUUUAAAUAAUGGUUCAUCAAUUAAUAAAAUUCCAACUCAUAGUCAACCACAAAAUCAUCCUCAUCAUCCUCAUCAUCAACAACAUGCAGGAGAAACAAGAUUAAAUAUUAGUUAUUUUGCAAUUAGAUUAGUUGCUAAAUGUUCAGAAGAUGAUAUUGCUAUAUCAUUAAUUCAACAUACUGCAAAAAGAGAUAAAGGUCCACAAUUUCCUCCACCAAUUUAUCCUGCUUUACCAGGUGAUUUACCGGAUCAUGAAACAAUUAAAGCAAGUUGUAAUAAAAGAAAUGGUAAUAAAAUUGAAAAUAUGAAUAAAAUAUUUUAUUUUGAUAGAAAUCAAUAUUAUGAUGAUUAUAAUAUUUUAGAUAAAGAUAAUUCAAUUUUAAAAAAUUAUCCAAGUUCAUCAAUUUCAAAAGUUGCAAGAUUUGAAAGAAUUCAAUUUACAAGUUCAAUAAGAGUUAAAUCAAGUUCUUCAGCAACAAGAUAUUUUACUUUAAGUUGUGAAUUAUUAGGUAUAGUUGAUGAAAGUAAUUCUAUUCAACCAAUUUUAUUAGGAUCAGUUGAAUCACCUCCAUUAGUUAUUAGAGGUAGAUCUCCUUCAAGUUAUCAUAAAGAUAAAACUUCAGGUUAUAGAGCUCCAACUAGUGCUUCACCAGUAAGUCACUAA